AUGGAUCCAAAGGAUGCGUCCCAGUUGAUUUGUAAUCAUCUUGAUGAGCAUCAUGGUGUUGGUUCUGAGGAGAAAGUCAAAGUCAGGCGUUUACUUAAAUAUUUAAACGAGAAAUCGGUUCACGCAGAAAUGUCUCCACAAGGUUUUGAGCCUGUAUUUACUGGCUCUGCAGCAGAGGGAUUAAACUUCCAAAGUUCUGACGAGGAUUGCAUGGUUAUAAACAAUAACGUCAAUGUAAUUCAACCGCACGAUGAAAUAGCAGAAAGAGAUGCCAGUAAAACUAUUCUGGUCAUGGAUAACACUGACUGUAGGCCUGGGCAUACUUUACUCAGACUUCAACGGAGAGGUGUGCUUAUGAACGACGUGGUCAUGAACUCAAUAACUGAUUUCAGAGGCUCAGAGUAUUUGUCUAGCGAGAAGUUCAGAGAUAACACUGUAGAGAUAGGUUCUUACCCACACGGUCCCUGUUCAACAAAAGUUAUUAAUGACUUGGAAAUCGAUUAUGCAAACUGUUUCCACUGCCAGUCAUGGCUAGAACAAAGCGACUUCAGAAAUCGUACCAAAGACUGUUCAUGGCCAUCCAGACAAUUAGUCAACAAAAUUGUGAAAAAUGGUUGCCACGCUGUUGCAAUUGGUGACAAACAUUCUAGACUCUUCGCAAUGCAAUGGAGGAUUUCUUUUGCACGAGCCGAAAAAUCUCUUGUCUGGUCGUUCAAUCACGUACAAUUGAAAACGUAUGCCUUGUUAAAAAUUUUCCUGAAAGAGUGCAUUGAAAGCAAUCCGUCAACACGUGAACUGCUUUGUUCCUAUUUUAUGAAGACAAUUGUUUUUCAUGCCAUAGAACAUAGACCGUCUAUGUGGGUGGACGACAACAUUGUUAAGUGUUUUUGGUAUUGUUUUUCUAUACUACUGGAAUGUGUACAGACCGGAUACUUGCCAAAUUACUUUGUGCUUGCUAACAACCUGUUUCAUUCCAAUGUUACGGGGGAUAACAGAAAUAGACUACUGAACGUGCUGGAAAGAUACUAUGAUAAAGGCUGGACAUGCCUAUUUGAUUGUCUUCGUUCCACAGUUCCACAACGCAUAGGUCAUGAUAAAAGGAAUAAGUUGCCAGGAGACGUUCUUCGGGAAGCUUAUCAUGAUGAAUACAUCUGGUCGCAUUUCCAUUUGUAUUGUAACUUAGUAGAUAUCGAUAUUGCAGAUGCCUUGAAGUUAGUCCAGAGAGUAUUCCUGAAUACGCCCGAUGACAGCCUAUGUGAUACAGCAGUGCUUUACUUUAUUCAUGUCAUCAGAAGAAGUAUUUGUAGGAGCUACAUUGCAGACCCGACCAACGGUACUAGCAAUAAAUCUGCCUACAGGCAAAUCAGAAGAAACAAACGGUUACUUCACUUGUCGUCAGCCACAGAUGUCAGUAGUGGACUGUUAUCACUGGCAACGUUUUACUACAAUGUUGGUUGUUACACCAAAGCCUCGGAAGUGGCAAGUUGUGUGGUGUUCGCCUGUCAAAAAGGCGGAUUAUUACAGAGUCAUGGUGAUAGGGACGAUGUGGGAUACGAAGAGGAGAUGUGUGGUAAAGGAUACACACUGCUACAAAAAGCUAAAAGUUCUUUCGUACAUGAAUACAUUAUUGACAAAACGUCAAAUAAAUUAUAUCCCCCAGAACUAUUUGAAGUGGUUGAUAGAAACGCGAACGAUAUUUCUCUCCCGCUACUGCCGUACGCAAUCUUUCUUCUUGUGUUGUCUACCUUCAGACUUGGUGACAUCGACCAGUCACAGACAAUGCUCGAUGAUCUUAUAGCUUUACGAACCGACGCUAUCUACGGCGUACGUCACUAUCCCAUCUUGGACAGUCUGGUCAGGAUAUGUCACGAACUGUUGGGGAACACAAGUCAAGCCAUCAAAUCGUCUGAAGGGUCAUGCAGAAAACUUUCUGACAGCCCAGCCGCCUUAAUCAAGAUUGCUGACCUUCGUCAGACUCGGAAUGAUGAACAAACAGGCAAAACAGACUUCAACACAUUAGAUUACUGCAAUGUUAAAUAUCACAAAACAAUGUACACAGCUGAUCCAGACAAUUUUAUUAAAAUGUCUUGGUUUUAA